AUGUCAGCCAAGAUACUCCAGUUCGUCCCAUUCAACUCAUCAAUCGACCCAACCUUUUGGCACUCACUCACUCAGCUCAAAAUUGACAUCCUCAAGCUUGAAGACCAGCCAGUCCCAAUCAAAGGAUGGUACGAACGUGGCAGAUGGACCGUCGAACGAGACCACCAGAACUCAACCGUGAUCAAUCAAGUCAGCUUUGGCAACGAAUUCAGAGUCGAUGGCAAGUCUCUCUCAUCAACAUCAGAUCAACCCGAACACCAGCCUCAAACUAGUUGCGUAUCUGGUCGGGUGGCUGUCUGGGGAAUGUUGAAGAAUUUUAAUACGAUCGAAGAAUUCAAAGCCUGUGAUAAGCAAGGUCUAUUCAAUUCAUUCACAGAUCAACUUUGGAAGGACAAGAUAGAGAAGAAGACACAUCCAGCGGACGAUAGAUCGCCUGAAUUCCUCAUAAUCACCUUCUCAGAUCUGAAGAAAUACAAGUAUUACUACUGGUUUGCGUUCCCAGCCUUCCUCUCCAAGCCAUCCUGGAACGUACUCUCAGAAGAUCAAAACGAGCACGACGGCGACUGGCCUACAUUGCCUCUCGAAGACACACUCGAACUGAACAGCUUGAUCAUCCGAAAUAACUACGAUCAUCAUCAUUGGAUCGCUAAGCGUGAUUCAGCCUCCAAUCAAUGGUCUCUCGGUCCAAUCUCUCAAUGGACUGAAUUCUUUGCAGAAGUACCCGAAGAAAACCGAUAUCUGGUCUUUAUUGAUCCUGCUGUCCACCCUCAAGCAGCUGGAUGGCCGUUACGUAACCUUUUGGCUCAUCUACAAGCUCAGUAUGGAAACCAAGCUCGAAAAUUCAAAGUGAUUGGCUAUCGAGACCCGUUGGGAGAGAACCAAUCCCUGACUGUGGCUCGAAGCGUAGUAGUGACGAUCGAAUUACCUGAACAAGAGAAUAUACAAGGUCGACAAGCCGCCGUGGGAUGGGAGAAGAAUGCGGCUGGUAAACUGGGUCCACGGAUGGCUGAUCUCGCACCGAUGAUGGAUCCCACAAGGUUGGCGGAACAAGCUGUAGAUCUCAACCUGAAACUGAUGAGAUGGAGAAUCUUACCCGACUUGAACCUUGAGAAGAUCUCAUCUACUCGUUGUUUACUCUUAGGUGCAGGGACUUUGGGUUGCUACGUUGCCAGGACGCUAGUCGCCUGGGGAGUUCGCAAAGUAACUUUUGUAGACUCGGCUAAAGUCUCAUUCUCUAAUCCAGUUCGUCAACCAUUAUUUGAAUUCCAAGAUUGUCUCGAAGGAGGUAAGCCGAAAGCUGCAUGUGCUUCGGCUGCGUUGAAACGGAUUUAUCCCGGUCUGGAAACAGAAGGGAUAGAGCUUUCGAUCCCUAUGCCGGGCCAUCCAAUCCCACCCAAUCUGAUCGAGCAAACCAAGACCCAAGUGGCCCAGUUAGAAGAAUUAUUCGAUGCGCAUGAUGUGAUUUAUCUGUUGAUGGAUUCCCGAGAAAGUCGCUGGCUGCCUACGCUUCUUGGGGCCAGUAAACGAAAGUUGGUCAUUAAUGCCGCUUUAGGCUUCGAUUCGUAUUUGGUCAUGCGCCAUGGCGUCCGAUCAUCGUCCUCUCAAUCUCCUGCACCGUUGAGCGACGAGAAGCCCACCAGUUCGAAACUACCGCAGAUUCGACAAUUGGGGUGUUACUUCUGUAACGACGUAGUCGCUCCUUCUGAUUCGUUGACCGAUCGUACUUUGGAUCAAAUGUGUACGGUGACUAGACCAGGUUUGGCUCCGAUCGCCAGUGCGACUGCAGUCGAAAUGAUGGCCUCGGUACUCCAACAUCCACAAGGGGUUGAAGUCUUGGCCGAAGUGAUUGACAACAGGAAUCGGGCCAAAGAAGAAGAAGAAGCAGGAAGAGAAGGUCGGAAUGGACUCCCUGUCAUAAAGGAAUCCGUCCUCGGUUUAGUCCCUCAUCAAAUCCGCGGUUUCUUGGCUAAGUUUGAGAACCUCAAAUUGGUCGGACCUGCGUAUGAUAAAUGCACCGGAUGUAGCCAAACAGUCAUUGAUGAAUACGAGAAAUCGAAAUUCUCGAUGUUGAUUCAAGCCUUUAAUGAUCCUAAGUAUCUGGAAACUUUGACUGGCUUGAGUCAGUUAUACGAAGAUAGUCAACAAGUCAAUUUGGAAAGUUUAGAAUGGGAUGAUGAUGAGGAGGAGGAAAAUUAA